AUGUUCUCCAACGCCCUGAAAUCAUUCACCUCGAACAUCAACUCCAACUAUACACUUAGCCCUCAGCCCACCUCCUAUUCCGGCCCAUGGAAGAUAUACGAUGCUAAAAAGAAGUCGACGGGAAAGGCGGCUUCAGUAUUCGUCUUUGACAAGAAGUCACUAGAACCUCCAGGGGGUGGUAGUCUAGGUGGUCGUUCAGGGGCAUCAGCACUCAAGCGCGCACAUGAACAGGUCGUGGAGCGGUUGAAGAAGGAGGCCAGUUCGCUGGCGCGGCUGCGCCACCCGAGCAUAUUGGAGCUGGUUGAACCAGUUGAGGAGACGCGCGGCGGAGGCCUGAUGUUUGCGACUGAACCAGUCACUGCAUCUCUAGCUGGCCUGCUGCAGGAGAAGGAUGAGCAGGAGAAGGCUGGCGGGGUGGGCGGUCGAAGAAGUCGAUAUGUGAUAGAGGAAUCGGACGGCCAGAAACGGCGGAGAGAGCUUGAGAUCGACGAGCUCGAGAUACAAAAGGGGCUACUACAGAUUGCAAAGGGAUUGGAGUUUCUACACGAGAGUGCUGGCCUUGUUCACGCGAAUCUGACUCCCGAUGCUAUCUUUGUCAACGCUAAAUCCGACUGGAAAAUAUCUGGUCUCGGUUUCUCAAGUCCUCCGGAGAAUUCGGACAAGUCCAGCUCAGUUGCCCCCAUCUCCCUCUCCGAGGUGCUGAACUACGAUGCGCGACUCCCGCGAUAUGUGCAGCUGAAUCUCGAUUACACAUCCCCGGAUUUUGUCAUGGACGGCAACAUCACGGCCGCAGCGGACAUGUUCUCGCUGGGACUGCUUAUACUUGCACUUUACAAUUCUCCGCAUAGAAGUCCCUUGGAAUUCAACGGCAGCCAAUCCGCCUACAAGCGGGCAUUUUCAUCAUCCAGCUCCGUCCCCAACAAGACGAACAACUUUAUGUGCUCGCAAGCUCUACCUAAGGAUGUGAUGAAUGGCGUCCUAGACCGGCUGAUUACUCGACGUCCCGCCCAGAGACUGGAUGCCCGGGGCUUCCAGCAAGCACAAUACUUUGAUAACAUUCUGGUCUCAACCAUACGCUUUUUGGACUCACUACCAGCGAAGACGCCCAACGAGAAAUCCCAGUUCAUGCGUGGGCUUCCAAGGAUUCUGAACCAGUUUCCAAAGUCUGUGUUGGAGAAGAAGGUGCUUCCUGCGUUGUUAGAGGAGACAAAGGACCGUGAACUACUGGCUCUGGUGUUGCAGAACGUUUUUAAGAUCAUUGGCAUAUUACCUACGGGAAAGCGCGCCUUCACGGAGAGAGUCAUCCCUAAGCUGCGGGAGACGUUUCUCUCCGGACCUCCAGCAAUCAAGGCGGCUGCUCCUGAGCGAGAUAGCUUGAAAGAGGCGGGAUUGAUGGUCAUCCUAGAGAAUAUGUCCGUUGUUGCCGAAAACUCCAGCGGCAAGGAAUUCAAGGAUGACAUACUCCCGAUCAUCAACCAUGCUCUGGAGUCGCCUACCCACGCUCUGGUAGACGCCGCUCUGCGCACUCUGUCCGUCAUACUUCCCAUCCUUGACUUCUCGACGAUCAAGAACGAACUCUUCCCUAUCAUUGCCACUGUCUUUGCGAAGACCAGUAGUAUGGGGAUCAAAAUCCGGGGUCUGGAAGCCCUCAGAACGCUUUGUGGAGGUAGCAGUGAGGGAUCCGACGGACUAUCAGGUGAUGAUCUGAACGGAAUGAUGGCAGCUCCCAAGGCCAAGAGCAGCAAUGUUUCUAUCCUGGAUAAGUACACUAUACAGGAGAAGGUGGUACCUCUCCUAGGGGGCAUCAAGACGAAAGAACCGGCAGUUAUGAUGGCUGCACUUGAUGUCUUCAAGGCGAUAGGGAACCAAGUCGACAGUGACUUCCUCGCCAUUGACGUUCUUCCCAUCCUGUGGAAGUUCAGCCUCGGUCCGCUGCUGAAUCUCCCUCAGUUCCAAGCCUAUAUGGCUCUCAUCAGAUCGGUGUCUGCACGAGUGGAAAAUGAUCAAACAAGAAAACUUCAAGAGCUGGGCACCAGCAACUCCACUACCGUGGUGGCGUCGCGAAACGACCUUAUGAGCUUCGGCGCAGUUACAGGCAGCAGCGUUGGAAUGGAGAAUUCCAACGGAACCGGCGAAGCUGACUUUGAGGCCUUGGUUCGGGGUGGUGCGACUGGCUUGUCUAGCGGAUCAGACAUGAUGCUUGGGGGAGACGCGUGGGCAAGCGCACCCACAUCAGCCAUCUCACCGACGAUGCUGCCGUCACGACCGGCAGCGAACCGUGCAAGAAGCGUGAACAACGCGUCGUCAGCCCCAGCCUUCUCGUGGUCAACACCGCCUGUGUCCCCACCCGUUACCAAUCUCGGCACUGCUCAGAGUACGAGCAGGACCAUCACACCCGACAAUACACUCAAUGCUUUGAGUUCUGCAUUCCCUGCUAUCCAGCCCGUGAAUCCAGGAAUCGGAAACUCUUCCUUCCCGCAACCGCAAGCGAAGUCUCCGUUGGGGGUGGGCAUGCUCUCACCUACAAACACAUCCACUGUCUCGACACCCUCGUACACGAACCAAAGCUCCGGAAUCGACUGGAGUAAGGCGGCUGGGGCGGGCAUGACAUCAAACGCAUGGGGCGGCACCAUGUCGAGUAUUACCGCUGGGCAGCAACUACAGCAGGCAAGCAAUCCCUAUUCGAGCUUCACUAUCGCACCGCCACCCGGACAAUCCAGCAAGUCGUUUAGCAUUGCACCACCGCCAACUACUAGCACGGGAAGCAGUGCGUUUUCCAUUCCGCCUCCGCCAACAAGUAGUUCGGGGGCGAGGGGCGGCGGCAGGUUGAGCAUGAACAGUCUCGCAAAUAAUAGGGUACAGGGCCAAGGACAGAAUCAGUCCCGCAGCCAAACUCUGCAGCAGCCAACAAACCAGAAUCAGGGGUGGAGUAGCAGUGGAGGGGAUAGUCUGAUAUGA